AUGUUGCCCACAAACGACGGCUGCAACUUUUCGGAGACGUGCGCUCCAACCUCCAACAACGGGAAGAAAAAAAUAUUCCACAUCUGUGUCACUGAUAUCAUGGACGAUACCCACACUGACACUAGGCCUUGUGACUCGCAAUCUCCAGGCGACUUGAGCCAAGGUCAGUUUUCUUUGGGAGUGGAGAGCACAGUCAGUGGACAGUCUGAUAACAGCCGGGCUGAGCUUCUGCGGACAGACAAUAAAAGAAACGAAGAUACACAAAACAAUAUCAUAUUGGAAGAUGACGACGAAGAUGAUGAAGAUAAUGAGUGCCAUAUUGGCCGCUUCAGACCGCAGUGCUUUCUCCUGUGUGCAAACAUUAACAUGUUCGUGUGUUUCAUGUGUGCUCUCAUUGUGGUGGCCUCGGCUUUGACUACCGGAUACCUCAACAGUGUUAUCACGACCAUCGAGAAGAGAUUCGAAAUUGGCAGUUCGGUGUCUGGUUUGAUCGCUGCGGCUUAUGAGUUUGGGAAUCUGGUCGCGGUUAUAUUUGUGUCCUUUCUCGGAGCUUCUCGCCACAUCCCGAAAUGGAUUGGUUUUGGGGUUCUAAUGAUGGGAACUGGGUCGUUGCUGUUUUCUUUGCCUCAUAUCAUCGCGCCCAAGUAUUCAGUUCGGUCGAGAAUGGCGGAGAAUAACGUUACCAGCGACGAGAACAUCUGCAGACGACUAGGCCAGCACCCGGAUGAUGUGAUGUGUAUCCAGCAGAACUCGGGAAACUGGGGCUACGUGCUGCUACUGGUUGCCGCUCAGAUUCUCAUUGGGACAGGUGGAACGCCCAUCAUGACUUUGGGGAUCACUUAUGUGGACAAUCAUGUGGCCAAGGAAGCAUCACCAGCGUACCUGGCCUCCAUGCAUGCAUCGGGGGCCCUAGGCCCCGUGCUGGGGUACGCCCUCGGAGCCCUGCUCCUGCAGUACUACGUGGACACGUUCAGCCACGAGACCCAGAUCACCAGCGGCAACCCCCGCUGGAUCGGCGCCUGGUGGGGUGGCUUUGUCAUCUGUGGUGUGUUGUUGCUGCUUCUGGCCCUGCCCUUCCUGGCCUACCCCCGGGUGCUGGUCAAGGAGAGGAGGCGGAUUGAGGAAACCAAGACGAAAGAAGCGCUGCUGCAGAAUAUCCCCGAUGACGUGGCAGAGGACAAACACUAUGGCAGAUCUCUCAGGGAUAUCCCAAAAGCAGUAGUGCACUUGAUCAAGAACCCCGUGUACACAGUAAUGCUGCCAGCCAUCUGCUGUGAGAUCUGUAUCGUCAGUGGAUUUGUUGUAUUCCUCCCCAAAUACCUGGAGUCGCAGUUUGGUACCUCGACUUCUUUAGCCAACCUGUUUACAGGUGGCAUUGGUAUACCUGGAGCUGUUGUUGGCAUUCUCAUGGGUGGUUACAUCAUGAAACGACUGGCCUUGUCUCCCAAAGGAGCCAUCAAGUUUGUCCUUCUGCUCAACACGCUGGCUCUUUGCGGCUUCUCGUUUUUCUUCUACAUGGGAUGUGAUAAUGUGAGGAUUGCUGGAGCUAACUUCCCAUACUUCAACAGUACUGGUCACAAAAUUUUCGAGGCUAAUCUGACAUCAUCCUGUAACCAGAACUGCGCCUGCUCCACCAUCCAGAUCCAGCCCAUCUGUGGCAUCAACGGGAUCACUUACUUCUCACCCUGUCAUGCGGGUUGCACAGGUUCAAACCACUUCUACGAUCCCAGCAAGGAGGAGAAUAGUUUUAACUACAGUGGAUGCUCGUGUAUCCGAGAUGGUUCAGCCGUUUACUCCAACCAUGAGGUUAUCAUCUCUCCCAUGGCAACGAGUGGACCUUGCAAGAACACGUGUGAGAGACUGCUGCCUUUCCUCAUUCUGCUGGUGUUUAUGACAUUCUGCGUGGCUGGUACUCAGAUGCCUCUGCUAAUGGUCACACUGAGAUCUGUCGGAACAAUGGAGCGAUCGUUUGCUCUAGGUCUACAGUUUGUUGUCAUGAGGUUGUUUGCGUACAUUCCUAGCCCCAUCUUCUUUGGCAAUGCCAUAGACAGCACCUGCCUGUUGUGGAGUGUCAAAUGUCAGAGAAACGGAUCCUGUCUUCUGUAUGACAUGGUCAUGUUUCGAUACAAGUAUGUAGGCAUAGCUGCUGGCCUGAAAGUGAUCUCCUUGUGUUUCUUCAUUGCCGUCUGGUAUUUCAUUUCCCGGCGGACACUGGAUCCAGGGGCAACUAAUGCUGGU